AUGGGCCUCACUGCAGCUCAGGACCUCAUUGUCUCUAUAAAAGCAUUCAAUUUGAUUGGAGGAACAUCUGUACCGAAGCUGUCUCGGGAGGCCAAGGUGAAUGAGCAAGGUUUAUGGGACUCCGGGUCUCUUGUGGCGGCAGCAUUCACCAAGUUUGCGGAAGUGCAGCAGACUCUACUUGCCAUACUUAGUGGUAAAGGAAUGGCUGUUCCAGAUCAGUCACAACAAACGCAGCCGACAGUUGCCGAGACCUUGAGAGCCAUAGAUACCUCGGCCGAUUCAAGCGCAAUGGAACCGUUACAGAAUCAGCCUAAAUUUGUCCAUAUUAAUUCCUUUCAAGAUGCGGCUAAAGCGGAAGGAGACUAUGCCAAGUUGACUACAACCAUGAAAUCCUUUGCAGACACCCUUGCCGGAAAACUUAAGGAAGUUUGGAUGCAGAAGUACAUCCAGUUGCUCAGACCAACAUUGGAAGAAAUGGCAACUCUUUUAGACAACCUUGGUGCCUACCUAGAGCAGGCUACAAGCUCCGAGUUUGCUGGAAACUGUAUCAAACAGCAGCGGGAAAUUCUCGAGGCAUCCCUGAAUCACACAAUUCAGACUUGUCGCUAG